CGCACACACACGGACACGUGCACAUACCCGCGCGCAUAAUGAGCGGGUUUUUAGUAGAAACGUAGUCCUUUGGUGAUCUUCUAAAUGCUGUAGCGGCCGUCCCAACUCCUGGGUACUACUGGGACCUGUCAGGAAAGUGUAAUCCGCAAGGGUCGUCACAGAAACAGUGUAACAAGUCUUGCCGGUCUAAGACGGUGUACGCUAACACCGGAAAUAGAACUGGCGUCGCUUCCGGCACUCUGUACCUUGUUGCGAACGGCAGAGGAGGAGCGCGUUCGACUUCCACCCUCCCUCCGUGUGCCAUUAAGACAGACAGAAAACGGAAGGAUUUCAUCGACUUCGGCAGUUUCCGUGGCACGUGUCCUGCCCAGCCCGAGUUGUGCCGAGAUGGUCUCACACUGGCGGUCUGGAUGAAAAUGAAGAGAGCAGACAACACGUACGGAGACGGUCAGAACCCGGACCUGUACUUCAUCAGCACGGGCGGCCAGACCCGGGCCAGCCGGGGCUUCUCCGUGUCGGCUGAGUGGAUCUCCAUGCCGUCUGUUGCCUACAGGUUCGCCCUAUGCACGACUGUCCGGGAUUUUGACGGUGUGUGGUUCCAGUGCACCCAUGAUGUCCCCGACGGUACCUGGUUUCACUUCGUGUUCACCUGGAACAAACAGACUAUGCUCAAGGUUUACAUUGGCGGGAAUCUGAGUGGACAAACUAGGGGUCUUCUUUCCGGUGGAUCUGGCAAACUUUGGUACAGCAACCUGACACUGGGGAGGCCAAACAACUUACAGAACAGCCACCACGCCUCUGCAGCUUACAGCAACCUGAAACUUUUUGAGCGAGAACUCAAUGCUGUGGAGGUGUCCGCUUUGUAUAACAGUGAACGAUGA